UCUUCAUCACACUCCAGCACUGCAGGAGUCGCUGUUCAUUUUUCUAGUUGGUUUGCAACCCGGCAGUAAAUCUACAUAAGAAGAAAAGAUCGCUCGGGGUCCACAUUUCCGCAUCUGUUGUCGGAAAAAGUAGUAUUUCAGAAAUAUUAAUACAUAUGAAUUAUAUCGGGACACCAUGAUCAUCGGAUGCUGUUUCAUCUGUGUGUUUGCAGUGCUGGUAAACAAAGUGUCUCUGCAGGUCCCAGUAGAGGGUUUUAUUGGUGGUUCUGUUGUCCUGCUGUGUUCAUCCACUGAACAUGAUCAUAAACUUCAAGACAUUAAUGUGAGCUGGAGACACAAUGGCAGCAAGAAUGUGUAUGAUAUAGUCGAGGGUCAAGUUUCAGUAGAGUUACAGGACCAACGGUACAAGAACAGAGCUGAAACUUUCCUUGAAGAGUAUCUAAGAGGAAACUUCUCCUUCAAACUCAACAAUCUCACUCAUGAUGAUGCAGGAGAGUUCAGCUGCCUCAUCUCACACUCAUCUGAACAGAGGACUGUACAGCUGCGCAUCAACGGAUCAACAGCAGAAGGAAACAAAUCACAUGACCAAAGAGACCAAGGAGAAGAAAAAGGAGCAGACAAUGUGGGGACAUCAUCGGCCUGGGUUUACAUUGUAGUAGCUGUAGCAUUAUCAGUAGUAGCAGCAGUAAUAGUAGUAGGAGUGAUUAAAUAUUUCUUAAUUCAGAGAAAAAGAAAUCAAUCUUUCUUUUCUGUCAAGACUGAAGGAGAUAGAACAGUUACACAAACAGGUCAGGUCUAAAAGUUUCAAUUUUCACAUUCACACUUUUGUGACUUUAAAUAUUAGUUGUAUUUCUACAGCUUGUUCACUGUGUCUGGUGCUUAUGACUGUUUUGUGCUUUUAUAUUCUUGCUGUAUGCACUGAUUGUUCUUUCUGAAUAAGAUUAUGAAAUGCUGAAACGAGCAUUUCUUGAAGUUAAAGGUCCAAUGAGCUGUCAAUAGACCAUUUGGGAGCAGAUGUUACAGUUAAUCACUUCAGCUGUGUGUGCAUUGUGGUGGCAGAAAAACAGUGGUAACAAGUGGAGGAAAAUGAGCAAAAUCCGUGGAAUAAGAGAAAAAAUGUCCUUUGCCUUUGGAUGGAAUGCAAAAAAAGAUGAUCUUGAUAAAAUAGCGUCGUCAAAGAUGCCCUUUGAAGCCAAACAUAAACUUUUAUGGUUGCAAGCCAUUAAACAGACAGAUUGGACUGAUGAAACCUGUGAUGAUUAGUGUGCUAUUAAAGCAUGAAUUUGAUGUAAACAAUAGAUAGGGGGCACGAUGUAUUAGCCUGACAAUUACAGCUUGAAAUAUUUAUACUUAUAACAUGUUACAUGGAUGAUAUUUAAACCUAUAACAUUCUUUUCAGAAUUCUGAUUUCUUUCUCCCAGUUCAUACUUUAUAACUCGCAAUUGUGAGUUUGUAUCAAUUUUCCGAAUUGCGGGAUAUAAGCUCACAAUUCUGCGGGGGGAAAAAGGCAGAAUAAUUGUGAGCUAUAAACUUAACAUUAUCUUUGUUUUUUCUGUUUAUUUCAUGGUUUCCAUUGACUGCUACUGCAGAACUUUAUUUUCUGCCACCAGGUUGGCUCCGCCCACAAAAACACCCGAAUGGUCUCUAUGUUACUGCCUUAACAAUUCUGUACCUCAAGUGCUCUUUCUUCAUGUUGUGUUUGACAAUAUUAAAUGUAUUUUGUAUUCUUUAUGAAUUAUUUUGUGUUAAAUUAAAACUGCAAAUUAUUUACCAAAUCUAAAUCAU